GUUCCUGAUUCUGUCCUUUCUGCUUCCAAUUACCGCGUCAUCAAAUCAUAUUUGGAAAGAAAACAGAGAACAAGUUCAUCAUGGCGGACAUCAUCGACAAUGUCGGAACAGCAGGAGGAGGAGGAGGAGGACGAGAGCCGUUGAUCAACCGUGAAAGCAAGUUCACGCGAUGUGUCUCCCACGCGCAGGACGAGCUCCAGAGUUUCCGGAAGUAUCUGAGAUGGAUGUGCGUGGAUCAGUCGAGCCCCUGGACGGCGGUUCUCUCUUGGUCCAUGUUCGUUGUUUUCACGAUCGUUGUUCCUGCCACGUCUCACUUCAUGCUCGCUUGCGCUGACUGCGAUAGUCAUCACUCGAGGCCGUACGAUUCCAUUGUCCAGCUUUCUCUCAGCAGCUUCGCUGCUCUUUCUUUCCUCUGCCUCUCUAGAUUCGUUAGUAAAUAUGGUCUCCGACGGUUCCUCUUCUUCGAUAAGCUUUGGGACGAGAGCGAGACUGUGAGGCGUGGAUACACCAAUCAGCUCAACAGAUCGGUUAAGAUUCUGUCCUACUUCGUCACUCCUUGUUUCUUAGCUAUGAGUUCGUACAAGAUAUGGUGGUACGCUUCAGGAGCUUCUCAGAUUCCAUUUCUUGGUAACGUUAUCUUGAGUGAUACGGUCGCUUGUGUUAUGGAGCUCUGUUCCUGGCUAUACCGUACUACCGUGAUCUUCCUUGUUUGUGUCCUGUUCCGUCUCAUCUGCCAUCUCCAGAUCCUUAGGCUCCAAGACUUCGCUCAGGUCUUUCAGAUGGAUUCGGACGUUGGUACAAUCUUGUCUGAACAUCUCCGCAUCAGACGUCACCUGAGGAUCAUUAGUCACAGAUACAGAACCUUCAUAUUGUUGUCCUUGAUUCUUGUCACCGGAAGUCAGUUUUACUCUCUGCUUAUCACCACUAAGGCAUAUGCUGAAUUGAAUAUCUACAGAGCUGGAGAACUCGCACUAUGUUCAAUGACCCUACUCACUGCGCUGCUCAUUCUACUACGAAGUGCUUCAAAGAUCACACACAAGGCUCAGGCGGUUACUUGCCUUGCUGCUAAGUGGCAUGUCUGCGCGACAAUAGAGUCUUUUGAGACAGUGGAUGGAGAGACUCCACGGUUGGUUGAUAGAGCAAGCGGACACGGGUACUAUGCAACAGGUGUUGAUACUGGAGAUAUAGAUGACAGUGAGGAUUAUGGAGAUGAAGAAGAUGAUUUUGAUAACAAUGAUCUCAUCCCUGCUUAUGCUUAUAGCACCAUAUCAUUCCAAAAACGACAAGCUCUAGUGAAUUACUUUGAGAACAACAAAGCAGGAAUCACGGUGUUUGGGUUUACACUUGAUAGAAGUACUCUUCAUACUAUAUUCGGGAUUGAAAUGUCACUUGUUCUCUGGCUUUUGGGUAAGACCAUUGGGAUUUCUUGAAGCAUUUUUUGGAUCAUCGAAGUUUUGGCUCCCCUUGUUGGAUGAUAUUUUGCUUACAUAUGUGGGUGUACACAGAGGCUCUUUGUAACAUAUACCAUUUCCUAAUUUUUUUUGAUCAUUUGUAAAUCAUCUUGUUUGUUCUUUAAUGCGUUGAGGUUGUAACAAGUUUCAUAUGUUCAACGAGAGAUCCUACGGUAAAUUAUAUUUGGUCUUACAAAGUCCCAUACC